AUGCCACCCAAAAGCUUCUCAUAUCCUUAUCGCCGGAGCUCCAAUGCCUCUGAAAACGACUUCUUUGACAUACCAGACGAGUCAUGCCUUUCCGUGGCGAAACGACAACUGCGCCGCCUCCGAACAUGGGCCAUAGUGGCCACCAUACUCUUAUUCGUGCUGUGGCAUCGUCGUGAACGUCCGCCGCCGCCUCCCCUACCGCACAUCCACUACGACGAGGUCGACUGGUCGCGCUUCGCUUAUACCCAAUAUGCCACCAACGAGGUGUACCUGUGCAACUCCCUGAUGGUCUUCGAGACCCUGGAAAGGUUAGGGAGUAAAGCUAAGCGCGUGCUGUUCUACCCCGAGCAAUGGGACCUCAUCGUCGAGGAUGAAUAUGAUCGUGUCAGUGAGCUGUUGCUCGUAGCACGCAAUAAAUUAAAGGUGAUGGUGAUCCCGAUCAAGAUUGAUGGGAUCGCAGGUUCAAGAGGCAUUGGCUCCGAAGCCUCAUGGGAAACAAGCCUGACAAAAUUGAUGGCCUUCGGAGAAGCCAAUUACGAGCGCGUCAUCCACCUCGAUUCCGACGUCCUUCUACUUCAAACAAUGGACGAACUGUUCUUCCUCCCACCCACCACCGUCGCCAUGCCCCGCGCCUACUGGCUGCUCCCCGAGAAAUCCCUUUCAUCCCUCCUCAUUGUCGUCGAACCCUCUUUCCGCGAAUACACCCGCAUCACCGAUGACGCCAUUCCGGCCAAAACGGGCCAGGUCGAGGUGAACGUGACAGACCAUCGCUAUGAUAUGGAUCUGUUGAAUGCGCGAUAUGGAGACUCGGCGAUGGUUCUUCCCCAUCGUCAGUAUGGGUUGCUCUCGGGAGAGUUCCGGACAAAGGACCAUCGCCGGUUCCUCGGGAAUGACGACGAAGUGUGGGACCCGGACCAUGUCCUUGCGCAGGCUAAGUUUGUCCACUUUUCAGACUGGCCUCUGCCCAAGCCCUGGGUGAUGUGGUCCCCGGAAUUGCUGGCUGAGCAACAGCCCAAGUGUGAUUAUCAUCCCGGCACCCCGCAGGAGAGUGGGUGUCGGGAUCGAGAGAUUUGGAAGAUGCUCUAUGACAAGUACCGGAGGCAGCGAAAGGAUGUCUGCAAGUUGCUCAGCUACCCAGCACCCGCCUGA